CGACGACCUCCUCUUCUGUGACGAGUGUAAUCAUACACGCUGCCCAAAAUGUUGGACGGAAGAGAUGAUCUAUUGGUACUGCCCGAAUUGCUUGUUCGAGGUCCCAAGCAGUGGAGUGAAGAGCGAUGGUAACAGGUAAUGUGAGAGGGGAUACACCAGCAAGGUUUGCCAGGUCCAAUGCUGACAGCCUCCGCUAGAUGCACGAGACACUGCUACGAUUGUCCAAUUUGCACUGCAACACUUGCCGUCACCGCUUUCGGUCGUCAGUCAGAGACCCACCUGCGACCUGCUGACAGCACCGCCUCUCACGAGUCGUUCAUCCUCCACUGCCAGCAUUGCGACUGGAGUUCUCUCGAUAUCGGAGUCCAAUUCAACAAGCCCACGAAGAUCACCGAACAGCUCAACAAACUAUGGAAGGCGAGGCAUACACCGCCCGAGGAGAAUUCGCUCGAGAGCUCGCCCGAAGCCGAACCUGUGAAAUUGGAUCAUGACACCGCUUUCAAAAAUUUGACGACAUUCUAUAAGGAGCAGUUGCAGGAAGCUGGUGAUCAGCAGAAUCCAUACGGGAACAGUCCUUACAAUUCACCGGCGAAUCUACAGCGGAUCAUGAAUCUCUACGGAGGCUUAUCAUACAAUGCUCUGAAGAAGACUCGAGAGAAGCCGCAGCCCAUGCGGGAAGCCAAAGAUCGGAAUGAGGGCCUGGUAACGUAUACCGCGGCUGAGGGCAUCUCCGACGAGGCGGCUCUACAGAAAUUACAGAAGCUCGGUCUCAACGCCACGGCUACGGCAUCACAGCGUCUAGCGACACCCGCCAACUUCGACGCACAUUUCAUAGACGAGCUAUGGCCGGUCGCGACACCACUGCGGGUACGGAGAGGGAAACGGUGUCGGAGCUGUCGCCAGUUCUUAGCCCGACCAGAGCCCAAAGUGGGAAGCAUGAGAUACAAGAUCCGGCUGAUCGCCGUCAACUUCAUCCAGCGCCUCUCCGUUCGGCCACUGCAGGCAGCUCCGCCGAUGCACAACAGCGCGUUCCAUGUACGCGCCGAGCCACUUCCUGCGAUCCGAUUACAGCCACAUCAAGCCAAGCAGUACAUUCUAACCGUACGCAAUCCGAUAUUCGAAUCCGUCAAAAUCACACUUGGUACACCUGCAGUCACUCCCGGACGCGUGGCUUCCCGAGUCACGAUCCUAUGUCCAUCAUUCACCGUCGGGCCUGCCGGUGACAUGUGGGAUGAAGCAUUGUCAGCAUCCACCACAAGCGCCAGCGACGGCGGCAGACAAGCAGCCAUGGCCUCGCUGACGGGUUCAGCAGAAGCUGAUCGGCAGCCCGAGGCGGGAAAGGUCUGGGAGCGUUCACGGAAUUCGACGUCGGUGAUCCUGGAGGUGGUACCAGGCUCUCUACAGCAACGACCUAGCAUAGUGCCCAAGGAUGGUGCCGAUGCCAAGGAGGAUCCGAUUCGUGAAGAUGACGACUUGCUCGAGGUGCCGAUCUAUGUCCGCGCGGAAUGGGAGGCCGAUGCGCAUGAAGACGAAGGCCUCUCCUCUGGUGGCAAGAGGAAGGAGCGGGAGAGUAAGGAGUUGGGUUACUGGUGUGUCAUUGGCCUUGGGCGGAUUGUGGAGGGAUGACUGGAACAUCGUCCCUAGGUUUCAUGUCACAUUAAGAGUACCAGUGCGGCAAUUUGCCCACCACUGUAGUUUCUAGAGUUGAAAAUCGCAUGCCACCCCAUGAUGGCUCAGUAUAGCGUCCCUACACACGAUCUGCGCCAUUGCUUCAGGC